AGUAGUGGACUGUAUAUCACUACAAUUCGAAUAAUUGAAUCUUAUUCUAUAAGUCAUGAUGACAUAAGGGAUACUGAACGAUAUAGACUUUGGCAUGAUCGACUAGGGCAUCCUGGUCGUGACAUGAUGAUUCGUAUCCUAAAAAACUCUCACGUUUCUCACCAUCAAACAUGUCCUAACCCUUCUGAAUCACCAAAAAAUCAUCACCCGGAUCUCAUGGUCUGAUCUUCAAUGGCGACUCACACUCUAGUCGCGAUCAUCAAAAACCCAGUAAACGAAGCCGAAUUUCUUCUCGUGAAACAGACCCCGCCUCCCAAAUUCAAUGACCCCGAUUACGAUUCCUUCGCCGAUUCCGACCUCUGGGACUUGCCCUCCGCUCAUCUUCUUCCCCUAACGCCGACAUCGGCGGCUGAAGUUCCCUUCCAUGCCAACCAGUGUGAGUCGGACUCUUUCGAUUUCAGAAAAUUCGACCUCAGUUCGGCUCUGAUUCUGGUUUUGGGACAAUUAGGAUUUGUCGGCGCCACAAAGGUUGAGUGGAGAUUUCACAAGUGCGUGGAAGAGCCAGAAUUCGGACCAGGGUUGCCCACAAAGAUUGUUUAUAUCAUUGGGAUCUUGGGUUGUAGAAAUGAAAAUCUCAAUGGGCUUUCUAUGUGGAUGAACAUUGAGAGGUGCCGAGGCAUGCUUAUCGAAGUAAAGCCCAACGAGGACCGUAUAGGGCAAUUCGUCACUAUGGGUCUUCUCAAUUCUUCAACAGGAUCUGGAAAUUGUAAAUUCUCUCAAACUCUAAAUUUUCAGGAAUACCUUCCUGGUUUUAACCUUGUGCCAAUGGAGAGUAGAACAAGCAAACCUUUUCGCACCACAAAUUUAAUAGUGCUUGCACCCGGAAAGAAUAUCGAUGGGUGCUCUGAUGAUAGCUUUGCUGCUCAUGGAGAAGCACUGAUAGUAGACCCAGGUUGCAAGUCUGCUUUGUAUGAUGAGCUGAAGGAGAUAGUUUCUGCAUUGCCCAGAAAGCUGGUCGUGUUUGUAACCCAUCACCAUCAUGAUCAUGUUGAUGGUCUUUCUGUGGUCCAGAAAUGCAACCCUGAUGCAUCUCUUUUAGCGCACGAAAACACCAUGCGCCGAAUCAAGAAAGGGGAUUGGUCUCUUGGUUAUGUUUCAGUAUCUGGGUCUGAGGAGAUAUGCAUUGGUGGUGAACGAUUGAAAAUCGUGUCAGCACCAGGGCAUACUGAUGGGCACUUGGCUUUACUUCAUGUGAGUUCGAACACUUUGAUCGUGGGUGACCAUUGUGUUGGCCAAGGAAGUUCUGUUUUAGACAUUACAUCUGGUGGACAUAUGGGCGAUUACUUCCAGACAACCUACAAGUUUCUGGAGCUUUCACCUCAUGCCUUGAUUCCCAUGCAUGGUAGAGUUAAUAUGUGGCCUAAACACAUGCUCUGUGGAUAUCUCAGGAACCGGAGAAAGAGAGAGUCGACAAUCUUGAAAGCAAUGGAGAAUGGAGCCAGAACACUGUUUGACAUAGUUGCUUAUACAUAUGCAGAUGUUGACCCUGGUUUCUGGAUUCAUGCUUCAUCCAAUGUAAGGCUUCAUGUGGAUCAUCUAGCCGAGCAGGAUAAGUUGCCUGACAACUUCUCAAUUCAUAAAUUUAAGAAGAGUUUUGGACUGCAUUUUCUAUUGCGACUGUUAUGGACAUAUAUAUGCAGUGCAUUGCCAAUGAAACUGCAGAGGAUGAGAAGUGCCUUUCUAUAUGGUGCUCUUGUUGCCGCCGUUGCUUGUCUGUUUGUGCUCUUGUCUAAAGCAAAGUGGCACGGGUGAAGAAGCUAAGGAACACUUUUUUUUUGUGAGUACACAAUUUGCGGAUUUCCUCCUUAUGGUUCCACCAAAUAUAUAUAGAGAGAAAGAGAGAGGGAGAAGGAAAUCUUACACCAAACAUUUGGUGUAAGAUUAUUACACAAAUUCAAUUGGGGCACCGACUUCAAAGUGAAGCACAGCGAACCCUAGGUGUGACGAUGAUGGCAAUUGGAGCGCUACAAAGUGACGCACGGCAAACCCUAGGUGUGACGAACCCUAGGUGCGACGAUGGCAGUGCACAAGCAAGGUGAAAGCCAUCUCCUCCCUUCAAUCUGUGGAUGGAACAAGCAAGGUGAAGCAUUAAAGUGAGUGAAGGUGACCCCCGUGGCAGCAGGUAAGUAUCACAUGAAUUGCUUCGGGUGGUAUUAAAGGUACGUUGCUCAGAAGAACACUACGUUGUCUGAGAAUGAAUGCUACGUUGUUUCAUAAUGAACACUACGUUAUUCGUAAAUGAUUAUUAUAAUUGUAAUGAAUAAAUGUGUAAAAAUGAGCACUACGUUGUUUCAGAAUGAACACUGAUUCAAAAUGAAAACCACGUUAUUUC